AUGAGCAACCUACCAACCACCAACCGCACCCACUUCAACAAUGUGGCCUCCACACACCACACCAACUUUGGCCCUCUCAUCGAAACAAUCACGGAAGAGAUCAAGGACCGACACACCUGGAUCAGCAGACGACUAGCCACUAACCCUCAUCAUGAACAUCUGGGAGAAUCUGAAUCCAUCCAACUACUAGACUACGCCUGCGGCGCAGGCACAGCCACCAAGUCUAUGACUACAGGACCUCCUCCCAUACAUAACACAGCCAUCGGCCUCGAUCUAUCGGAGAAUAUGGUCGCGGGGUAUAACAACUGGGCUCGCGUGCAUGGCUGCCCGGGUGAGAAGAUGCGGCGUAUCGUCUUGAUCUACUUGACUGCUGUGCAGCUGGAAUUGAUGGCGUGGGGCUCUCUGACGGUUGCUGGCUCGGUUGGCGGGUGUUUGGAGCCGGGUGGUGUGUGUGUUGUUGUUGAUGGGGUGCCGACACCCACGCCAACCCCAGGUGAAGAUAUGGAAACAGCUGACCUGCGGGCUGUACUAUUGCCUGAGCAGCUGGAUGUGCUGGAGACGAUUAACAAGCAUGGGUUUACAGAGGAGGAAAUGCGGGCGUUGUAUCAAGGCGCUGGACUAGGAACGAACUUUGAGUAUGAGGUUAUUAAGCGGCCGUUGAAGUUUACCAUGUUUGGGCAUUGGUUUAGUAGGAGGGGGUUUAUUGCUAGGGGAGAGAUGACUUCCUAA